UGUAGAUGUAAGGGAACAAUGAAAAUGUCUACUUGUCAACUUGUUUGACGGGCGCGCCAAUCUCGAAAAGCAGCAAAUAAAUAUGGAGAGAAAAACAGAUGAAUUCUGAGAAUCAUUGCCAUUAUGAGCAGUGGCAACAGUAGUGGGAGCCAGAAUAGGGGGCGUGGCUGGCAGAAAGGACAGGGGAGGGGACAAGGCAGAGGUGGGAACUAUUAUCAUAACAACCGAGGAAGAGGACGAGGUGGUGGAUGGAGAGGUUACUAUGGAAACAGAGGGGGAAGAAGUACCAAUUCUUCUACCAAUCGUGGGCCUGUCAGUGCCACCCGGCAUGCUGAUGGCUCCAUUGCUAGUCUUACUCCUUACAAGGGCUGGAGGUACUACUUCAAAGAUGAAGGUUAUAGCGAUCAUUCACCCACUGUCAGUAAGGUCAAGACCUUUGAGAAGUUCUUUGCCUCAAGAAUGAAAGCCUAUGACAAGGAUGAGAUUGAGAGGAAAGGAAGUAUCACAGUAGAUUACAAGGAACUGAUUGAAGAGGACAAUGUGAUGGAGACGUUACUUGAUCUCAGGACAGAUAUCCGAGACCUACCUGAGAAGACCCUCAACUGCCUUGGGUUAGCCAUUCAUCAGACCCUGACACGUGAUCUUGAGCGUCAGGCAGCAAUGCUUCGACAGCAAACCUUGGGAGAUGCAGGGCAGCAGGACGUUGAGGUGCCUUCCGUCCUCGUCAGUGUACCAGUAAUUAGGGCACGGUUGGUCAAUUAUGAGCCAGUCACACCGUUGAAGAACCUCAAAGCAAAUUAUUAUGGCAAGUUUGUGACAGUCAGGGGCACAGUUGUCAGAGUGAGCAACAUUAAGCCAUUCUGCACCAAGAUGGCAUUUCAGUGUAACACAUGCGGUGACAUACAGAUCGUUAAUUUACCAGAGGGGAGAUAUACUUUACCAACUAAGUGUCUUGCACCUGAUUGCCGUGGCCGAUCCUUUGCUCCCAAGCAGAGCUCACCUCUGACUGAGACAGUUGACUGGCAGAUGAUUAAAGUACAGGAGAUCAUGAUGGAUGGCCAGAGGGAAUCAGGGCGUAUCCCCCGCACGGUGGAGUGUGAGCUCACCUGUGACCUGGUGGACAGCUGUGUUCCUGGAGAUGUAGUCACCAUUGGUGGAGUUGUCAAAGUGUCCAAUAUUGAUGAAGGUCAUGGACGCAACAAAGACAAGUGCAUGUUUCUCCUCUACCUACAUGCCAACUCUGUCCAAAACCAGAAACGAGGAAAGAAGGCCGUAUCCGAUGAUGAAAGCUCCCCCACUGGAAUGGGAAUAGCCAUGGACUUUACCUUGAAGGAGCUGUAUGCCAUUCAGGAGAUACAAGAUCAGAAGAACUUGUUCCGUCUUCUUGUUGGGUCCUUGUGCCCAGCCAUCUAUGGCCAUGAAAUGGUCAAGGCAGGCCUGAUAUUAGGCUUGUUUGGGGGCACCCAUAGGUUCGUCAAUGACAAGAACCGUAUCCCAGUACGGGGAGAUCCACAUAUCCUUGUAGUUGGUGACCCUGGACUCGGUAAAAGUCAGAUGCUACAGGCAACAUCUAAUGUGGCUCCAAGGGGCGUAUACGUCUGUGGUAACACCACCACUACCUCUGGCCUAACAGUCACCUUAUCCAAAGAAGGGGGGUCAGGGGACUAUGCACUGGAGGCUGGUGCCUUGGUACUUGGAGAUCAAGGUUGUUGUUGUAUUGAUGAGUUUGACAAGAUGGGCAACCAGCACCAGGCUCUCCUAGAAGCUAUGGAGCAACAAAGCAUCAGCAUUGCCAAGGCUGGUGUGGUGUGUAGCCUUCCGGCCAGGACUUCCAUAUUGGCUGCUGCCAAUCCGGUGGGAGGGCAUUACAACAAAGCCAAGACGGUGUCUGAAAAUCUCAAGAUGGGCAGUGCGCUGUUGUCCAGGUUUGAUCUGGUCUUUAUCCUUCUAGAUAAACCUGAUGAAGAGAUGGACUCCAUGCUGUCAGAACAUGUCAUGGCCCUCCAUGCUGGCAAGAAAAGGCCAACAGAGGGCGCUCAUUCCUCAGCAGACGAUCGACCUACCGAUCCUGAGCAAGCCCAAGCCCUGCAGCUCUUGGAAUCCGAUCGGCCAUUGUCGGAGCGUCUCAAGAUCAGCAGGGGCGAGGCCUUUGAUCCAGUCCCACCUCAGUUGAUUAGGAAGUACAUCGCCUACGCUAGGAAGUAUGUCCAUCCCAAAUUGAGCAGUGAGGCGGCGACCGUGCUACAGAACUUUUACCUUGAGCUGAGAAGACAGCACAAAGGUCGAGACAGCACCCCCAUCACCACCAGACAGUUGGAAUCACUCAUCAGACUCACUGAGGCAAGGGCCAGACUAGAAUUGAGAGAGAAAGCUGAACAACAAGAUGCUGAGGAUGUAGUAGAACUCAUGAAGUUCAGUAUGAUUGACACUUACUCUGAUGAGUUUGGGUUUCUGGACUUUCAACGAUCUCAACAUGGGUCGGGUAUGAGCAGUCGCUCCAAGGCUAAGCGCUUCAUUGCUGUGUUGAAUAGGGUAGCUGAACAAACCUACAACUCACUGUUCACAGUGCAACAGAUGAGGGAAAUAGCACGGGAUGCGAACAUCAGUGUCCCAGACUUUGAAGGGUUUGUAGCCUCUCUCAACAACCAGAACUAUCUCCUAAAGAAGGGACCAAGGGUCUUCCAGCUGCAGACAGCAUCAUGGUGAUAUGAGCACUGCCUCUUCACACAAACCGGUAUAUCCCUCAGUUUGGACUUCUUCUUUCUUGAAAUGUGAUUUGAGUUGCACCUGAUUACAAAUGUGUUCAUUGAGCAACAGGUUAACAUGUAGAGUAAGACGUAAUCAACAUGUUGUCAUGUGUUAAAAAUGUAAAGUUCCAUUAUGUUUUGCUUUUUCCAUUCUUUUUGACAAAUUUCAACAUCUGUAUGUAUUCAAUAAUGGGAAUAAAAGCCCGCAUGGAGAUUUUUUUGUGAAUCUAAGUAAAGCAUACGGCCACUGUUGAAUGAUCUCUUUCCCCAAUGGUCACCAGAGGGCGCCUUUUGGGUAGAUUGAAUCAACUCUUGCAUUGUACUUGGGUUGACUUCAUCUCUUGUUAAAAGAUAUGAUUUUUAACGUAGCAGUGAUCAUAAAAGUUUUCUGACAAGUUUACUGAUUUGGGACAAGCACUGUGCCAAUUAGAUAAAAACCGAUAUUUAAAAACUGAAUUAGGAGAUCAAAGUAAGCUUAGCAAUUUGCAGUUUUGCCCCCCCAAAAUUUAAGGAAUAAUCUACAUUUAUAUGAAAAUGUUAAACUCUCAUCUAACCUUUGCUAACAAGAAAGGUAUCAGACCAGGCCCACUGAAUCUAGAAUCCAUUGGCUACAGGUUGAUAAAUCUUCAGAGCAUGAUAGGGUGGUGCCAUGUAAAAACCCCAUAGGCGGGCUGAGCGAGGGUUCCUGAAGCUCACCAUGUGACCUUUGACUUUGAGGCUGUCUUUUCCCAACCACUCCUGUGGCAAUUGUGUAAACACAGCAGAGAACAUGGGUACCUGCUUGUGGGAUAAUGGGAUCAGUCAUGACCUGUUCCUUCAAAACCCUGGCAAAGGAGCUACCAAAAAAAUGAACUUUUCUUUUUGAGUUCUCCGGAUAAUGUAGCUUUACAAUAAUACUGUGCACUAGUUCACCCCUCCAUACAAUCCCAUGAGAAGGGAUUUCAAUCAUAUCAUAGCCAGUGGCAUAACAUGGGCGAAAUGUCUCGGGGGACCUGAGGGUGCACUCAUAUUUUCAAGGGGACACCACAAGAAAAAUAAGCUUCAGCUGCAUUUCAAUGGAAAGUGUUCACAGAUUUCAUAUGAGUGCCCCCCCCCUAGUUAUGCCAUUGAUCAUUGCCCAACCUGUUAAUACACUUUUAAUAAAAAUCUUUGUACUUUGCCAGUCAAAGUUUUGAUUAAAGUGUUUCAGGAGUUGUUAAAUGCAAA